AUGCGUCAAGCAGUCAUCACAAAGUUACCGGACGACCACAUGCCCUGUGAUGUCAUCCAGGUGUUAGAGGACAAGCAGGAGAUCCAGAGCUCCACCAUCGUGAUUGUGGUGCCCCUCCUCUACUCGGUUGCAUUUCUUGUUGGGCUCCCACCAAACAUUCUGUCCCUGUGGGUGAUGAUCUUUCACAUGGAGAAGAUCCCAUCCACCAUCCUCCUCAUCAACCUGGCAGUGCUGGAUGUGCUCCUCCUUCUGAUGUUGCCCUUCCGCAUCAUCUACUACUUUGCUGGUUUGAACUGGUUCUUCAGCGAGCCACUGUGCCGACUGGUCAUGGCUCUGAUCUACGGUAGCAUGUAUGGUUCUGUGCUCUGCCUGGCAUUUAUCAGCAUAGACCGGUAUAUAGCUCUGGUUCACCCCUAUAGUGCUCUGACCCUGCGCAGCCAUCGCACCUCCCUGGCCAUGAGUGUGUCCGUUUGGGUGGUGGUCCUGUUGACUAUGCUACCCCUGUUACUCUUUCGCCAGUCCUACCAGCUGAACGACCCUCCCAUCAACACCUGUUAUGAUGUCCACACUACUGCUUCGGCCACUUCCUUUUUCCCCUACGUAGGCCUUUUUGGUUUCUGCUUCUCACUCACUCUGCUGGUAACUGUGUUCUGCCAUGGCGCCGUGCUGAAGACCCUUCUGGCCAGUGGGCACCGCUACUCCCACGCUGCGUGCCUCACCGCCCUGGUCUUGCUGGUCUCCCUUGCAUGUUUCCUCCCCAGCAACAUCGUCCUGCUUCUGUACUGCAUAAACAACAAGUACAACCUCUAUGUGCCCUAUGUAGUCAGCCUGGCCUUCAGCUGCUUUGGUCCCUGCAUUGAUCCCUUCAUCUACAACUAUGUGUCUGAUGACUUCAGGGACAAAGUUCUCAGGGUGCUCAGCUGCUGCCAUGCUGGGCAACAAGUAUCCUCCAAUAACAGCGGCAUACAUUUGUCAAGCAGCAGCCAAUCCAGGAGCACCUUGCUGUCUAAGUUUUGGGGGCAGAUGAAAAUGUGCCAGGAGGUGUGAUGCAGAAUAGAUCUAAAGUAGUUUUGUAUGGGAAGUUUGAAAAAUUGUAAUUGUUGGAAAAAAAAUAUUUACACCCCUUGCUCUGUACUAGUGACAAUUAGCUCACUGUCUUAUCUAAACAGAACAGUGAGUUUUGCUCAGUCAUCAUCACUCUACGGAUCCUAUUUUUCCAUCAAGCACAUAACUCAAAGUGCUUAAAUAUACGUAUUAUGCACAUAUUUCUCAAACUUUUAGAACAGGAACCAAACCUCUUUGACUAUUUCUAGGCAUGACACCCCAAACGACUUAAUAUAUCACAAAAGAUGCAAAAUAUUAGUAUAAUAUAGACAUAUUUUAAGUUAGCUUACAGCAUUGGAAAUUCCCCUUACUGAGAUCAGGACCUAGUCAACACAAUCACACACCUUAUGAUGUGACCUGAAGCGUAACCAAAUUAAUAAUGUGCAAGAUAGGUUGUAAUCGUUUUGCUUCCUGUCUUGUAUUCAGUCUGUAAUAAAUCCUUUGCAUCCUUUA